AUUCUAUCAUUUAAGUUUGAAAUGUCAAAUAUUUUCUCUAUUUCUUAGCCCUUUUUGAAAAAAUCAAGCUUUAAAACCAAACUAGGAGCUAAAUAUAUCCUUUACAGUUGCAUGCUUCUGAAUAAUUUGUUUUAUGUUUUCUUGUUUUAACUACAACUAUAAACCCUUGUGGUAUGAAACCCUAGUGUCAACAUAAUUAUGGUGAUGCAAAACAACUUAGAAAACCAGCCUGUGUUGUAUACAUCAUCUUCGACAUAGAGUAUAUAGAUUAUUAAUUACUACUGUUCAGCCACCUUUAAACACAUAAUUCAUACUGUGUUGAUUUCCAUGCAUCAGAGAGAAAAAAAAAAAUUAAGAUAAGAGUUUUUAACUUUCACUUACUAAAAUAAACCCUUAUUUUCUAUUUUCCUCCCUAUUGUAUGUAGCAUUUUAAGUGUAUAAUUUUAUUUGGCUUGGUUGGAAAUAUCUUUCAGUCUCCUAAUUUCCUACUUUCAAGUAGUAAUACUAGCUAUUAGAAGUUUUGCAAAUGUAAGAUGUCCUUUUUAUGUGGUAGUCAUAUAAGCCAAAUUUAAAACAGUUUAUAGGGUAAUGAGAAUUUUGAGGAAUUUGGGCAUGUUUUAUCUUCUGUUUUCCUGGAUAUACAUAUUUCAAAAUAAGAUGUCACAUGAAUUUUGCUUUCAGUUGUUAUAAGUAAAAGUUAAUUCUUUAUGUGAUAAGUUCAGUAAAGCUGCAACUGUACUGAUUUACAGUUUCUUGUUCUAACUUUCACAUUAAUGGCCCUUAAAUAUUUUCUAUGACAUUUACUUUAUUUCUGUGGGUUUUUUUUAUUGUUAGUGUACUUUUGAGGUUAAUGUAAGUUUAAAAUUCUAAGAUACUAAGUUAAGGCAUGUUGCUCAUCUUUCAUACCAUCUCACUAUCAUGCUAAAUCUCACUUUUCUGAUUGUCAAUAUUGUACAUCUUUUCUUUGUUGUUAGGGUCUUAUCUUAGUUCCUUUUCUUCUGCCUUAAUUUGUAUUUAGUUUUUUUUUUUUUUUUUGGAUGAAUGGUAGUGAUGCUUGCUACAGUAGCUCUAAUUAUUGCAGAACUCAAGGUAAAUGACAUCUUUCUUGUACUCUACCAAGCAAGAAUAUUUUAAGGAACCUUACAAGAUUUUCAUAAUCUUGGGCAUUUAGAUUGUCAUGUUGGGAGAAACGAAUGUUAAUUUAUUGAUACUUAUCACUGCUUCAGAUGCAGAUGGAUCCUUUACCUUUUUUAGUUUGGAACACUGCCUCAGGUUGAGAUUUUCAUGGUGUUGAGGCUGCUACUUAUAUACUUAACAUGCCCCACUGAAAUAACUGAAUGUCUCUUUGUAUUGCUUUAGUAAUUUCUGAGAGAUUACAAGGCAAGUCGAAAGUACAAAGCUAGCACAUAGAAAUUGCCAAUACAGUUACUUAAAUUUAGUUAGGUUUACAAAAUUUAAAUAUAAUGCCUGUCCUGUGUCCAGGACAAAGGUAGACACCAUACACUAAUAGAUAACGAUUAUAUUGCAUGAAACAGCUUUUAAUUCUGUUGGUGAAGAUCUGAGCAACUUAAGUAACCAGAGGCUUCUUUGUGGUCAUGUUGACAUUGUGAUGAUUGCAUUGUGACAUUUAUAUCACCUUUUUGAUUCAUCCUGGAAGCAUUAUUUGGUAAUAUAAAUAAAGUUGGAAGGGUGGGUAUACCUAACUUAUGAUAACUUUUAAGGUUUGCCUUAUUGUUCAGUUUUUAUCUCCUUCUACGGAACAGAAAAAUGAAAGGCGUGAACUUUGUCUAUGAAAAAUUUAGAGCCUGGGUUGGGAGUUAAGAAGGCAUAUAUAACUGAGCUAACUGGAUAGGGAAGAGAAAGAUGUGACUAUCGAGACUUGAAAAAGUAAUUAUGUGGGUCAGGAAUGAAGGCUUUCUUUGGAUGCUUUACUUUGAGAAAGGACCCUACAUCUGAGGAAUUCCAAGAGCAUUACACAAUAACUCAUGGUUCCUUUCAAAUGCUUGUGACACAGUUUGCAAGAAUUAUCCUCAUCUUAGGGGAUAUAUUUACGGAGAAAUGGCAGCACAAGUUGAACAGGUUGUUGCCCUGGAUGCUCAAAAUAUCGUAGCUGUUUCAUGUGGAGAAGCUCACACAUUAGCCCUAAAUGACAAGGGCCAGGUGUAUGCUUGGGGUCUUGAUUCUGAUGGACAACUUGGCCUGCUAGGAACAGAGGAAUGUAUCAGAGUACCCAGCUGCCUCCCGAAAAUCAUGGGUAUCGACACUCUGGUCAGAACUUGCUCCGGACUCUCAUAUGGCAAAAUCAGAAAUAUUAAAAGUUUGUCAGAUAUCCAGAUAGCACAGGUUGCUUGCGGUUACUAUCAUUCACUUGCACUUUCUAAAGCAAGUGAAGUCUUCUGCUGGGGACAGAAUAAAUAUGGCCAGUUGGGUUUAGGCACUGACUGUAAAAGGCAAGCUUCACCACAGCUGAUUAAGUCCUUGCUUGGAAUCCCUUUCAUGCAAAUUGCUGCAGGAGGAGCACAUAGUUUUGUUCUCACCCUUUCUGGAGCUAUCUUUGGAUGGGGACGCAACAAAUUUGGCCAACUAGGUCUUAAUGAUGAAAAUGAUAGGUAUGUUCCUAAUUUACUAAAGUCACUAAGAACACAGAAAAUAGUUUAUAUUUGUUGUGGAGAAGAUCAUACUGCUGCACUAACCAAGGAAGGUGGAGUGUUUACUUUUGGAGCUGGAGGUUAUGGUCAGUUGGGUCACAAUUCUACCAGUCAUGAAAUAAAUCCAAGGAAAGUUUUUGAACUUAUGGGAAGCAUUGUCACUCAGAUUGCUUGUGGAAGGCAGCACACUUCUGCUUUUGUUCCUUCAUCGGGACGAAUUUAUUCUUUUGGACUUGGUGGUAAUGGGCAACUUGGAACUGGUUCAACAAGCAACAGGAAAAGUCCUUUCACUGUGAAGGGAAAUUGGUUCCCAUAUAAUGGGCAAUAUCCACCAGAUAUUGAUUCUGAGGAAUAUUUCUGUGUAAAAAGAAUUUUCUCAGGUGGAGAUCAAAGCUUUUCACAUUACUCUAAUCCCCAGAACUGUGGGCCACCAGAUGACUUUAGAUGUCCUGAUCCUUCAAAGCAAAUCUGGACUGUGAAUGAAAUUCUAAUUCAAAAAUGGCUGAGCUACCCCCCUGGAAGGUUUCCUGUGGAGAUAGCCAAUGAAAUAGAUGGAACAUUUUCUUCCUCUGGUUGCUUAAAUGGAAGUUUUUUAGCUGUUAGCAAUGAUGAUCACUAUAGAACAGGUACCAGAUUUUCAGGGGUUGAUAUGAAUGCUGCUAGGCUUUUAUUCCACAAACUUAUACAACCUGAUCAUCCUCAGAUAUCUCAGCAGGUGGCAGCUAGUUUGGAAAAGAAUCUUAUUCCUAAACUGACUAGCUCCUUACCUGAUGUUGAAGCAUUGAGAUUUUAUCUUACUCUACCAGAAUGUCCCCUGAUGAGUGAUUCCAAUAAUUUCACAACAAUAGCAAUUCCCUUCGGUGCAGCUCUUGUGAACCUCGAAAAGGCACCACUGAAAGUACUUGAAAACUGGUGGUCAGUACUUGAACCUCCACUAUUCCUCAAGAUAGUAGAACUUUUUAAGGAAGUUGUGGUACAUCUUUUGAAACUCUACAAGAUCGGCAUUCCCCCUUCUGAACGAAGAAUUUUCAACAGUUUUCUUCACACUGCAUUAAAGGUUUUAGAAAUAUUACAUAGGGUAAAUGAGAAAACAGGACAGAUUAUACAGUAUGAUAAAUUUUAUAUACAUGAAGUACAAGAAUUGAUAGACAUAAGGAAUGAUUAUAUCAACUGGGUCCAACAACAAGCCUAUGGAAUGGAUGUCAACCAUGGAUUAACAGAGUUGGCAGAUAUCCCUGUUACAAUCUGUACAUAUCCAUUUGUAUUUGAUGCCCAAGCAAAAACUACUCUAUUACAAACAGAUGCAGUCUUACAAAUGCAGAUGGCUAUUGACCAGGCCCACAGACAGAAUGUCUCCUCUCUUUUUCUCCCAGUGAUUGAAUCUGUGAAUCCCUGCUUAAUUCUAGUGGUGCGUAGAGAAAAUAUUGUAGGAGAUGCCAUGGAAGUUCUUAGGAAAACAAAAAAUAUAGACUAUAAAAAGCCCCUCAAGGUUAUAUUUGUUGGAGAAGAUGCUGUUGAUGCAGGAGGGGUACGCAAAGAAUUUUUCUUGCUCAUCAUGAGAGAAUUACUAGAUCCUAAAUAUGGCAUGUUUAGGUAUUAUGAAGAUUCCAGGCUCAUUUGGUUUUCUGAUAAGACAUUUGAAGACAGUGAUUUGUUCCACUUGAUUGGUGUUAUCUGUGGAUUAGCAAUUUAUAAUUUUACUAUUGUGGACCUCCAUUUUCCUUUGGCAUUGUAUAAAAAACUGCUGAAAAAGAAGCCAUCCCUGGAUGAUUUGAAAGAACUUGUGCCUGAUGUUGGGAGAAGUAUGCAACAAUUACUGGAUUAUCCUGAAGAUGAUAUAGAGGAAACAUUUUGUCUGAACUUUACGAUCACAGUUGAAAACUUUGGUGCAACAGAAGUGAAAGAGCUGGUUCUAAAUGGUGCAGACACAGCUGUUAACAAACAAAAUCGGCAAGAGUUUGUUGAUGCUUAUGUGGACUAUAUAUUCAAUAAAUCAGUGGCUUCCUUAUUUGAUGCUUUUCAUGCGGGCUUUCAUAAGGUCUGUGGAGGAAAAGUCCUUCAGCUCUUCCAGCCUAAUGAACUACAAGCAAUGGUUAUUGGAAAUACAAAUUAUGAUUGGAAGGAACUGGAAAAGAAUACAGAAUACAAAGGGGAGUAUUGGGCAGAACAUCCUACAAUUAAAAUGUUUUGGGAAGUAUUUCAUGAAUUACCAUUGGAAAAGAAGAAACAAUUUCUGUUAUUUUUAACAGGUAGUGAUCGCAUCCCUAUUCUUGGUAUGAAGAGUCUAAAACUAGUCAUCCAGUCUACUGGAGGUGGUGAGGAAUAUCUCCCAGUUUCCCAUACCUGUUUUAAUCUUCUGGAUCUUCCAAAGUAUACAGAAAAAGAAACACUACGAUCUAAACUGAUCCAAGCUAUUGAUCACAAUGAAGGCUUCAGUUUAAUAUAACUUUGGAGUUAUAACUAUUCAGGUUACUGCAAAAGCAUUAAAAGAGUUUUUGUGUUUUUCUUGUGAUGAAUUCAGCAAGGUAACAGAGGUAACUACUAUAAUUCUUACUUGCAAAAUGUUCAGUGCUAUGAGUUUUCAUGAAAACCAAAAAAAUUAAAGGAAAUUGAACUGUUAAAAUUAAACUUAUUGUACAGAACCAUGGUUUUUUUUCUUUUGUCAUCUUCCAAUAAAUAUACAAGUAUUGUGAAUACAUUCAAGUUUUACUAACAUGAAUUUUAAGAGUUUGCUUAUUUCACAAAUGAUAUGGUGAGUGCAUGGAACUGUUGCUUACUUUUCCUUUUUCAAUCACGGGGGAAAGCCUUUAAACUUUGGCCUGCAAGUCAUUUAUUUUUUUCAUUUUGUAAAUAGUGUUAAGUUUUGUAAUAAAAUAGUUAUGUUCUGAUACCAGUACAGUUUCUAUGGUUGUAAUUGAGUUAAACUAACAUUUAAGGGUUAAAAGUUAUUUAAAUCUUACUCUCAAACAAUAUGAGCAAAAAAUUAUCACAGUGAGAAUGUCUUCACUUUUUUGCUAGACUGAAUGUCCUUGUACAAAUCUAUAUUAUGGAUAGAAGUUAUCUAAGUAACAGCCCUCUUUUCUCUUUUGUGAAUCUUGAGAUGCUGCUAAGUAGAAGAGCUUAAUAUUUAGUAAUGUAAGAACUUUGUUCUACAGUUGCCAGGAAUAGAAACAUUAGCUACUAUGAGAAUCAGUCUUUGAGUUACAGCUAUUGAUGCUACAGGUUGGUAUUUAAUAAGUUUUCAAUGAUAUAGAAAAUAUUCCCUUAGUUGUGUCAUUAAAUUUGAGUUAAUGCAGCACAUGUGACUUUCUGCUAUAAUGCAAAUAUUUAUUUUUCAAAUGUUUAAAUAAUAAAGAUUUAUUGGUUUAAUAUUUAAACUUUCA